AUGCUUCAUGGACUUGACUACCUCCACUCUGAGUGCCAUGUUGUUCAUACUGAUUUGAAACCAGACAAUAUAAUGAUCAAAGUUGAGGAUCCAUCUAUUUUGGAAGGAUCCGCCAGAGAUGAAUACCAACAUCCUCUGCCGCAGAAGAGUUGCUCGGAUGGCCGCACAAUCUAUCUAUCUCGGAAUGACUUCGGCAUUUCCCAAGAGACCACAGGGAUAAUCCAAAUCACUGACUUCGAUUUAUCUGUGCGUGGGGAUAAGCCGAACAGAGGGUGUAUCCGGGCGGAAAUAUAUCGAGCUCCAGAGGUUAUUCUGGAUGCAGGCUAUUCGUAUAGUGCCGAUAUCUGGAGCUUGGGUCAUGGCAAAAAGCUGUUCAAGGACGCUGAUCCCCUUCAAGUUCAAGAGUAUGAUGAGCUUAACCAUCUUGGUCAUAUUGCUGCAUUGUUAUGCCCUCCUCCAAAGGAACUCCUAGGCAAAGGAACAAGAACUGAUCUCUUUUACAAACCAGACGGGCAAUUCAAAGGCACAACCAUUGCACCAUCGAACUUCAACUUUGAAAACUCAAUAUGCCACAUACAUAAUGAGGAUAAGAGGAUGUCCAUCGAGUUCGUACAAAGGAUGAUCAAAUGGCACCCAGAAGAACGAAGCACUGCAAAGGAACUACUCCAAGAUCCGUGGCUUUAUGCGGAGCUUGACGAUUGA